AUGAGUUCGAUACCCACGCUAACCAAUGUUAUAUUGUUAUACGAUUGGCUGUCCGUCCUCUCGGCAUCCAAAAGGACAGGUUCAGCAUUCAGUGGUGAUGAAACUGCCCCUUUCUUUGGUUUCCUCGGCGCAGCUGCUGCCCUCGUCUUCUCCUGUAUGGGGGCGGCGUAUGGAACAGCGAAGAGUGGUGUUGGUGUGGCGUCGAUGGGUGUGAUGAGGCCUGAGCUAGUGAUGAAGUCGAUUGUUCCUGUGGUUAUGGCUGGUGUGCUUGGUAUUUAUGGGUUGAUUAUCGCUGUUAUCAUCAGUACUGGGAUUAACCCUAAAGCAAAAUCGUAUUAUCUGUUUGAUGGCUAUGCACAUCUUUCCUCUGGUUUGGCUUGUGGUCUUGCUGGUUUGUCUGCAGGAAUGGCGAUUGGAAUUGUUGGUGAUGCUGGUGUUAGAGCGAAUGCACAGCAACCAAAGCUUUUUGUGGGUAUGAUUCUUAUCCUCAUCUUUGCUGAAGCUCUUGCCUUAUACGGACUCAUUGUUGGCAUCAUUUUGUCUUCACGUGCUGGACAAUCAAGAGCAGAUUAAGAAGAUUGAAAUUGUUUUUUUGUUUUUUUUUUUUUUUUAAAUAUCUGUUUGUUGUUUGUUUUGUUCG